UUCAUUAUCAUUUCUUCCAAAAAAAAAAAAGGAAUCCGGAUCCGACCCGGUCCUCAACACACUAACUCCUUUCCAUCCAAGCUCUACAAUUUUUAGGGUAUCUUCCGGAGAAUCCAGCAAGGGUGAAUCAGUGAACAGAUUAUUUGAUAAAUUAAAUAAUAAAAUAAAAAGGCUGAGAAAUCAGUUAUUGUCUGAGAAUCCCACUGAAGGUCGAUCUUCAAUGGAUACUUGUGUAACGCAGACGACGACUCUGCCUCCGGAAGAGGAAGAAGAAGCCGAUGAUGAGUGGGACACUGAUGGGUUUGUGAUUCCAAGUUUGGAGAUUAAACAAGAGAAUGUUAAUGACGCAGAAGCUGAUACAUCAAAACCUUCUUCUCCUCAAAUUAAAGCUGAAGAAAACAUCUACCUAGGACCACAUGGAGGAGCUCCUCCCUCGCAGCUACAAGACGGUAACGCAUCCAGCAGGAAGCAGCGGUUCAAGCAGAAGCUAAAGGAAGCAGACCAGAAAAUGAAUGUGUCUGGUCGAGAAAACAAAGUGGCUAACUUGAGAGAGCUUGUAGGCGGCGUUGAGAAAGGAACUAACGUCUCAAAAGAUGUUUCAAGAGACUGGCUUGACCCACAUUGCCACGAGUCUCAGUUCGAGAAACGUCAACAACUGUAACGCUCCUUUUUCUCUUUGUAAACGUUUUGUAUCAAUACCCAGAGAUUUCAAUGCAAUAAAAACAAUCAUCAUUAUCAAACAAA